CGGGCGCGGCGGCGCGCGGCGGGUGCCAGUGCCGGUGCUGCUGCCCGUGCUGGGCUGGCUGAGGCGGUGUCCUUUGGCCAGCAGGACGGUGGCAAUGGCGUCGGACGAGCGGCUGGCCCGCUUCCGCCAGGCGCACCUGAACCCCUUCAACAAGAGCCCCGAGCAGCCGGAGCGCCCCGAGGGACAAUCCCCCGCCCCAGCCCAGCAGCCUGAUCCCCCCCCGGGGGACCCCGAGGGCGCCCUGGACCUGGGGCUGGCCGAGGACCACUUCUCCCGCCCCGUGGGGCUGAUCCUGGCGUCGGACGUGCCGACGCUGCGCCGGGCCAUCGAGGAGUGCAAGCGGGUGAUCCUGGCGCUGCCCGAGCACUCGGAGCGCCAGAAGGACGCCGUGGUUCGGCUCAUCCACCUCCGCCUCAAGCUGCAGGAGCUGAAGGACCCUGCUGAGGAUGAGCCCAACAUCCGCGUGGUGCUGGAGCACCGUUUCUACAAGGAGAAGAGCAAGAGCGUCAAGCAGAUGUGCGACAAGUGCAGCACCAUCAUCUGGGGGCUCAUCCAGACCUGGUACACCUGCACAGGCUGCUACUACCGCUGCCACAGCAAGUGCCUGCCGCUGGUGAGCCGGCCGUGCGUGCGCGCCCAGCUGCCACUGGAACGACCUGGCCGUGGUGCCCGCCCGUGCCAUCCACAACUGGGACUUCGAGCCCCGCAAGGUGUCACGGUGCAGCAUGAGGUACCUGGCACUGAUGGUGUCACGGCCGGUGCUGAAGCUGAGGGAGAUCAACCCACUGCUCUUCAACUACGUGGAGGAGCUGGUGGAGAUCCGGAAGCUGCGCCAGGACAUCCUGCUGAUGAAGCCCUACUUCAUCACCUGCAAGGAGGCGAUGGAGGCGCGGCUGCUGCUGCAGCUGCAGGACCGGCAGCACUUCGUGGAGAACGACGAGAUGUACUCGCUGCAGGACCUGAUCGACAUCGAGGCCGGGCGCCUCGGCUGCUCCCUCACCGAGAUCCACACGCUCUUUGCCAAGCACAUCAAGCUGGACUGCGAGCGAUGCCAGGCCAAGGGCUUCGUCUGCGAGCUGUGCCGCGAGGGCGACGUGCUCUUCCCCUUCGACAGCCACACCUCGGUCUGCGCCGACUGCUCUGCCGUCUUCCACAGGGACUGCUACUACGACAACUCCACCACGUGCCCCCGGUGCGCCCGGCUGAGCCUGCGGAAGCAAUCCUUGUUCCAGGACUCCGGCACGGAGGGGGAGCCCUGAGGGGGUCUGGCCCCAUGGUGGGGUCUCGGGCCCAAGGCUGCCCCCACCCAGCCACCACGGGGCCCUGGGAUGGACACAAUCAGCCCAGUGGUGGUUUGGGGACUGGGGUGGCCCUGGCUCUGGGAUCCUCUGCUCAUGGACACGGCAGCACUGCCGGGAGGGAAUCGCUGCUGGACCGCAGCCCUUCCCGGGAGCAUGGAGAGCCUCACCGGAGGGGCUGGGAUCGCGUUAACCGGGAUCCAGUAAAGGCCCCGCCGCGGCUCCUGCUGCCCCCGCCUGGAACCGGGCUGCGGGCAUUGCCGGGCGCGGGCCAGGGCCGGUGCUGCGCUGUGCUGCGGUGCCAGGUGCUGGCAGGAGGGCUCAGCCCUGGCACCGGGAUGGGACCGAGCCCCUCCCACGCACAACACCGGACUCUGGCCCCUCCCCAGCCCACGGCACCGCCGUCACCGGGGCCGAGCCCCGGGGGGAUGCUGCAGGAUCUUCCUCGGGCUGGACCGGGCGCGGUGUGGAGCCUCUGCCUCCCCUUCUCGCCGGUGUUUCCUGUAGCAUUAACGAGCCUCUUUGCGCAACCCAGCACUCGUGUCCCUGCUUCGGGCGGCGAGGGGGGCACCGGGGGCACGGGCAGGAUGUGCGAAUGCCCGGGGUGGCAGCUCGGGAGCUCCCGCCGAGGCUGGGGCUGCCGGGGGCGAGCACCGGCACCGAGCCGGCCCCGGGCCGGUCCGCGGGCGGCGCUGGAUAGAAUUGCGCUGCGCGACGUCGUCGGGGACGUGCCGCAGUCACCGCCGGUCUCCCGCCCAUCGAGAAUGGCCACGGCCACGCUGCCGCGGUACCCGGUACGGCCGGGCACCCCCUUCCCGCUGCUCCCGAGGUGUUCGGUGCCCCCAACUCCUCCCGCUCCCCCAGGCGGCGGCGCAGACGGGCAGAGGCCGGCGGUGGGUCGGUCGGUCGGUUUUACCGGAUCACAGCACUGCUACAUCAGAACCGGGCGGGCACCGGCACCGGCCGCGCUCCGUCGGGCCGCGCUGAGCCGUGCGGCCCGUCCCGUCCUGCCCCAUCCGCCGCUCCCGGCAACCGAGGCCGUGCCGCUCCCGGGGGCCGGCGGGACCGGCCCGGUUUCCCCCCCGGGACCGCGGGCCACCGGCUGAGGGCGGCCCGGUACGUCCCCGCCGCGGGGCUGGGGCCGCCUCUGCCCUCCGGGCGGGCUAACGGGAGUCCUGCGCCCGGGGACGGGCUCCGUCGGUACCGACGGGACCGGCGCCGGCGUAUCCCGGUGUCCCCCGGCGGGUUUUGUCCC